UGCUGUGUGUGAUUUAUGUGAUUUUUUGCUGUAUUUUGAUCUUUGGAAUCAGCAAGUGCAAGAAAAGUUGCUUCCUACCUUACAUUAUACUUGACAUAAUUAUGAUGGCGCUAGCGGUUUUGGGAGCUUUAAUUGGUAUGGCCACUAAUAACCAUCAUCUUUUCCGAGUGUCCUUUGUGUUCUUGAUUGUGAAAUUGUAUGUUGAGUUUUGUGUUAUUUCUCUUUAUCGAGAGUACAAAUUGAAAAAGAAAAUUAAAAAUCAACAUAAUGGCGCAUCUUCAUUCGAUCCCAGUGAAGGUGAUCAAAUCACAGCAGUGUGA